AUGGUUGUGAAUGCAUCGGAUUGGUUGGUCCCCAGUGUGGACCCAGAGCUGGACCCUUGCAGUAACUACACCGAAGCCUGGCUGUGGCUGUCCUCCCUGCAGCCGGCCUACCUGGGUCUGGUCAGCGUGGUGGGUGUGGUGGGAAAUGGUCUGGUCCUCUGCGUGCUGUGCCUGCAGAGGAAGCCUUGCACAGUGGCUGAUGUCUACUUAGGCAAUCUGGCUGCUGCCGACCUGGUCAUGAUGUCCUGCCUUCCCUUCUGGGCUGUGACCAUCGCCCGAGGCUACCAGUGGAACUUCGGGGUGGCCCUCUGCAAGCUGGUCAACGUGGCCAUCUCCAUGAACUACUACUGCAGCGUGUUCUUCCUGGUGCUGGUCAGCGUGGACCGAUACCUGGCUCUGGUGAAGCCCAUGAGCUCCAGUCGGUUGAGGAGAGCGGCCUGGGCCAAGCGGAUCUGCCUGGUGAUCUGGAUGCUCGGUUUCCUCCUCACUGUUCCUGAGCUGUUCUUCCGGACAGUGCAAUACCUGGAGGAUCCAGGGGUGGAUUCCUGCAUCUUGGCGUACCCUGACUCAGCCUGGAUUGUCCAACACAACAUCACCAAGAACAUUUUGGGUUUCCUGCUUCCUGUCCUGGUCGUGACCUACUGCAGCCGUCACAUCGUGGUUGCCCUGAAUGACGGACGAGCCACAAGACUCCCCGGGGUGAGGGCGGAGAGGAAGGCCACCUACCUGGUCCUCGCCGUCCUGGCCGUCUUCCUCUUCUGCUGGACGCCACACCAGGUGAUGCGGUUCCUCGACACUCUGGAUUAUUUUAAGGUCACGCCCGGAUGCCUCUGGGGCCACAUCCUCGACAUCGGCAUACAGCUGUCCACGUAUCUGGCAUACAGCAACAGCUCUGUUAACCCCUUCCUGUUUGUCAUUGUGGGGAAGCACUUCAGGAAAAGGGCCAAAGAUGUUUUUGGGAAAACUUUGAACCCUUGGUCAAAAGCCAAGGCUUACUUGAUUGUCACUUUCACGUCAUCAAAAAGACUAAAUGAAACACAGCACAUAUGCCUAGAAAAACUUGAAAAACAGACUGUCUCUUGA